GAGAGAGAGGGAGAGGGAGAGGCGAGAGGAAGAACGAGAGAGAGAGAGAGGGAGAGAGAGCGAGAGGGACAGCUCAAAAUAUUUAUAUUAUCGUCAUCCAAACGAUUGUCUAAAUCGAAAAACCACGUUCGCCUACAAACUUCUAUCAAGUUACGCUACCAAGACUUCAAAACCACACAAAACAUCCCGCCAGUCGCUUUCUACAAUAAAGGACUUUAAAAAAACAACAACAAAUAUUAAUAGCUUAUUAACUGAGUUAUUAAUUCAAUUAUUAUUAUUAGUAUUAUAUUUUAUUUUAUUAUUUUUUUCUAAUUGUGGUAUCAUCUCCAAGGUCUAAGACUGGAUUUAACAGCGAGCAGAUCGGAUCCCAGAUGUCUGAGCGUGUGGCAGGCAUUGUGGACUCAGGGAAGGCCGGGGAUACAGAGGCCACCGGCCCGAGCGAAGUCGACGCUAACAACGGGACGUCACACGCAGAGACGGAACCCCACGGACAAAAUGGCUGCCCGUCGACCAGCGAGCGUUCGCUAGCGGGAAACGACAUCUCCACCAAUGAGAACAAGCAGCUCCUCCCCUCCCCCAGCCGCGACGCAAGACCCGCCCACAACACUGGACAAGCCUUCGCCCUACCUCAGUCUGAAUCCCCGCCCCCUUAUGCGAACGGCCACUCCCACUCGAGGGGCGUGUCCAGCGGAGACCCGCCCAUCUGCACGCCCCCUCAGCUUCGCCCCGCCCCCCUGGUUCCCGUCAGAAGCCUCCAAAAGCAUCACUCUGGCAACGGGAAGCGUCUGACUACCUCCAGCUACAAAAGCCAGCAUAGCAUCAAAUCCACCGCCUCUGAGAUACAGCAGGCAGCCGGACAAGACCGCUGUGUGCACUGCAUCCUGGCCUGCCUGUUCUGUGAGUUCUUGUCUCUCUGCUCCCUAUUGGUGGAAUGCGUGGCGUGUGGGCAGGGCUGUGGGGAGGCCUGCUGCUGUGGGGGCGGGGCCGAGGCCUGCUGCUGGGGCGGGGAGGGCAGCUGCGUGGCCGGCGUGGACUGUGGGCUGCUGGAGGACUGCUGUGAGUCCUCCGACUGUCUGGAGAUCUGCUUCGAAUGCUGUUCCAUUUGCUUCCCAGCCUAGGAAAAGGGUCGGCUUACCUUUCCCGAUCUUACUGCACCAUUCCGGCUUUCCUCAGAGGGCUUAGCAUCAAACUGUGCUGUUUAUCCAUUGCUAAGAACAGAUUCAUCUGAACUCUAGACAGCUGUAGCAAAUCAAUUAAAGAGAGAGAGAAAGGGAGGCUCUUACACUCUCUGAACAGCCUCCCUCUGCUCUGUGCUGGUGGAGCGGAGAGAGAGAAAGGGAGGCUCUUACACUCUCUGAACAGCCUCCCUCUGCUCUGUGCUGGUGGAGCAGUGACAGAGCGAAAGGGAGGCUCUUCUACUCUCUGAACAGCCUCCCUCUGCUCUGUGCUGCUGGAGCAGAGACAGAGCGAAAGGGAGGCUCUUACACUCUCUGAACAGCCUCCCUCUGCUCUGUGCUGGUGGAGCAGAGAAAGAGAAAUGGAGGCUCUUAUACUCUCUGAACAGCCUCCCUCUGCUCUGCUCUGCGCUGCUGGAGCAGUGACAGAGAGAAAGGGAGGCUCUUCUACUCUCUGAACAGCCUCCCUCUGCUCUGUGCUGCUGGAGCAGUGACAGAGAGAAAGGGAGGCUCUUCUACUCUCUGAACAGCCUCCCUCUGCUCUGCUCUGCGCUGCUGGAGCAGUGACAGAGAGAAAGGGAGGCUCUUCUACUCUCUGAACAGCCUCCCUCUGCUCUGCUCUGCGCUGCUGGAGCAGUGACAGAGCGAAAGGGAGGCUCUUCUACUCUCUGAACAGCCUCCCUCUGCUCUGCUCUGUGCUGCUGGAGCAGUGACAGAGCGAAAGGGAGGCUCUGUCUAUAACUCACUGGUUUAAACAUGUUUUGCUACUGCUGGUCACAACUGGAUAGUCAUCUAACUCUGCUGGCACAGCCUAUGCUACAUUGCGAGUGUUGAUGCUGUUUGUGUUAUGGUUUGCUGUAAAUAUGUUAUGAAAUUCUGAAAUAACAAAAUAAAAAAGACUCAAAGAAUCAAA